AGGUACCGAGGCAAAAAAAAAAAAAAAAGGAAAAAUAAAUAAAAAUAAUCCUAAAGGAAUGAGAGAGAGAAGAACGGAACGCGGCGGAGGAAAGCGAAAAGGGGUUUAAAAAAGGGAUAAAGCAGCGCUGGAGGAGCAGCUGUGGCAUGUGGGCACCGCCGGCACCAACAGGUAGGAGGAGGAGGGCAGGGGCUGGCGAGCCGGGGCUGCCGCAGCAGCAGAUAUUUUGAUGGCAUGACAAAUCAGAAAGAAGAGGAUGUACUGUAUGACUAGACACCAGAUCAGUUCUGUUUGUGGAUUACAUUUUCAGUAAGAUGUAUGGAUCUAUUUUUUCCUUGUUCUUAUAUAUAGAUCAUGAGACUUGACUGAGGCAAUAUACAUAUCAUCCAUCCAUCUAUGGCGAACUACAGCCAUGCAGCUGACAACAUUUUACAAAAUCUCUCUCCUUUAACAGCUUUUCUGAAACUGACUUCACUGGGUUUCAUAAUAGGAGUCAGUGUGGUGGGUAACCUUCUGAUCUCCAUUUUGCUAGUCAAAGAUAAGACCUUGCAUAGAGCUCCUUACUACUUCCUGUUGGAUCUUUGCUGCUCAGAUAUCCUCAGAUCUGCAAUUUGUUUCCCAUUUGUUUUCACCUCUGUAAAAAAUGGCUCUACUUGGACGUAUGGGACUCUUACUUGCAAAGUGAUUGCCUUUUUGGGGGUUUUGUCCUGCUUUCACACUGCUUUCAUGUUGUUCUGCAUAAGCGUCACCAGAUACUUAGCUAUUGCCCACCACCGUUUUUAUACGAAAAGGCUGACCUUCUGGACUUGUUUGGCCGUUAUCUGUAUGGUGUGGACCCUCUCUGUAGCCAUGGCUUUCCCCCCAGUUUUAGAUGUGGGCACCUACUCGUUCAUUAGGGAGGAAGACCAAUGCACUUUCCAGCAUCGUUCCUUCAGGGCUAAUGAUUCUUUGGGAUUUAUGCUUCUUCUUGCCCUCAUCCUCCUAGCCACACAGCUUGUCUACCUCAAGCUGAUAUUUUUUGUUCACGACCGCAGGAAAAUGAAGCCAGUCCAGUUUGUUGCAGCAGUGAGCCAGAACUGGACUUUCCAUGGUCCUGGAGCGAGCGGUCAAGCGGCUGCUAAUUGGCUGGCUGGAUUUGGAAGGGGUCCCACACCGCCAACCUUGUUGGGAAUCAGGCAAAACGCGAACACCACAGGCAGGAGAAGGCUACUGGUUUUAGACGAGUUCAAAAUGGAGAAGAGAAUCAGCAGAAUGUUCUACAUCAUGACAUUCCUCUUUCUGACCUUGUGGGGUCCCUAUUUGGUAGCCUGUUACUGGAGAGUUUUUGCAAGAGGGCCUGUAGUACCAGGGGGAUUUCUAACGGCCGCUGUCUGGAUGAGUUUUGCCCAAGCUGGAAUCAAUCCUUUUGUCUGCAUUUUCUCCAACAGGGAGCUGAGGCGCUGUUUCAGCACAACCCUUCUUUACUGCAGAAAAUCCAGGUUACCAAGGGAACCUUACUGUGUUAUAUGAGGGAGCAUCUGUAAAUCUUUAGCCUUGUGAAACACUACCAUUCUCUGCUAAGCAAUUGUGGCCUGUAGCCAUGUCUUGAGAAGAAAAUCAAGAAUGGGAUGUCAGCAGUUGUAAGGAUUUGGGCAACAUUCUGCAGUCUUUGCAAUAGCUCACCUCUAAUCCUAUUUUAAACCUAAACAUGUUCCUGCUGACCACUGCUGAAGGUUUGUAAUUAAGAACAAAGGACUGAACUACUGCCCUGAAUUCCUUUAUGUGGUUGAAAUCUAGAUUAUGAAAGUAGCAGGUGCUAAGUAUCAGUGCUAAAUGCUGUGUAUAUCACUACAUAAAAUAAGACCAUCAAAAAGAUUAGCAUUGGACAUCUUAAUAAAUUAAGUUGAUAUGAGGUUAAUGUGUUGAUAAAACUAAUUUUAGACAUCUGAAGACCUUUAAAACAUUUCAUACAAUUAUUGUUUUGCAAAGACUGAAAACUGGGGACUCAAGUACUGUAACUGAUUAAAGAUGUGCCAUGCAUUAUUGGAUUAUCACACUUACAAAUCUGUUUGCCUUGUGAGUAAGUUUUGGGGAGCAUUCCAAAGCAGUAUUUUUGUUCGGAUUUAGACUUUUCUUUUUUUUUCUUUUUUUUCUUUUUUCUUUUUCCCAAAUAUAUUACUCUUUCUAAAUACCAUUUUCCUUAAUGGUGAAAUUACUAACAUUUAACUGUAUUCUGUGGGUUUUGCUGAUUUGGUAUAAAGUUUAAUAGACUCUUAUUUAUAUUUUUUAAAAAGCUAGAUAUCAGUCUGUUAGGCAACGUUAAUGAUAAUAUCCAGUCAUAAUUGAACAGUUAUAAUUAUACAGAAUAAACACAUGUUGCCUUAAAGGGUUAUCUAGUAUCUUCCAUUUUGUUUAGCAUUGAAGCAAAUAAGCAAGGAAAAUUGAAUCAGUAACUCUGGUCAGUCAUUUGGGAGUGCAUGAGAGAUCACUUAGUCCUCUUUUUUCCUUUUUACUCCAAUGGUUCCCAAAAUCAGUAUGCACCUCACUGGGAUGAUAUGAUUUUUUUCUAGGUGUGCCGCCCUUUCUAGUUUGUUCUGAGAAACACAGGCAGUUGAUGUAUGUUUAUAUUUUAAGACAGCUGUCAUGGGGAGACCGCAGCCUUAGUAUGAUAUCUUGCACAAUUUGUGAAGCAUUUAUUCUACUGAAGGCACAGUCUUGUUUAUAUUUUCUGCACAUUUUGGUGUAUUGGUUGUUUUAAAUUAUUUAAGUUUUAACUUGUGAAAGCAUAUAAUAUGAUUUCUUAGUAUUUUAGAAAUACAUUAGAGUCUGUGAGUCUUUCCUUCUUUAAGAUACAGAUGUGUGGAUUUCAAUAUAAAGUUGCAUUUGCCAAAAUUUACCUGUGUAGCUUGUUAAUUUUCUUGGAAUAAAAUUUUACAUUUUUCCAGUUAUACAAUUAACCUUUUUUAUUUUGUCUAGUGAGCUAGCAUGAAGUACUGAGAAUGUAGCCAUUAUGAAUUAUUAUCCUUUGCAGUCACUGUAUUCCCAAACUGUAAAUGCAUGAAUGAUGGGGACCACAGGAUUGAUAAAUGAUAUUAUCUACAGUAGCACUAUUGUGUAGUUUAUCAUAAUUACCCAUCUAUCUGUUCUAAUAUGUCAGUUAUAUUUAAAGUUACAACACAGUAUUUGACAUUAACUUCACGGUUUAAUUUUGGAAAAUGUGUAUAUUUGAAGCACAACAUCAUGAGUCAGUCGAUCGUAAAGAACAUUGAUUUUUUUUCUUAAUUUUUUUUGAGAGACAAGACUAGAGGUCUUAAUUCACUAUUGGUGUAUCUUGUUCUUUGUUGUAGUUUUAUGACCAGCAAGUUAAUAUAUACAUACACGAGCAGCAGUCAAUAAUGGAAAUGCUUAAAUUUGUAUGAUAACAUUAUACAACAUAUGCAACAAUUCAGAGAGUUGUGUCUAUAUGUGAUCAGACAACUUGAUCAAAGAUUUAGUGAGCAAUCUGUUUGACCUCACUUACACUUUUAUACUGAGGUUGAUUGGUUGAGAGGCAUGGCUUAAUAUACUGUGUUGAAACAGAAAACUUGCUGAAAUACCAAGUCAUCAUCAGUACAAGGAUGUUUCAGAACGUAAUUUGAAACGGGACCAAUAAACUUCCACCAAAAGGACUUUUUUACUACACCGAAAAGGCUUUGAAAUUAAGGUAGUUAAGCAAUUGUCAAAGAUAGCAGGAGUGCAUAAAAACUGAAUCGUAUGUUGAGAAAAAUUCUGAAAGUUAUCCCACUUAAGUUUAUUAAAAGGUUGAUUGGCAAUAACUUCAGUCUAAUUUCUAUAAAAUAGUAACCUUUACAAGGAACAUUGAUAUUACAUAUUGUAAUAAAGAAGUACAUAUAAAUAAAGUUGUAAAUAGUGUUAUAGUUGUAGAAGUAGUCGGUUCUG